AAAAAAAAAAAAAAAAAAAAAACACAGCAGUAAUUGCAUUACUUGCAAAGUUGCAAUGAAUACAAGUCAAGGAAAUGCAGAGACAACGACAACCAAAAGAAAGAGGAAAAGUAGACUAAUAGAAGGAGGGAGGAGAAUAACAAGGCUUCAAGCCAAGAUCAAUGAUCUUCCUCAAGAGUCCUUCACCGCCACAAGCCCCACUCCUAAGGUGUUGUCUCGGGAACCUGCAUCCUACCCAGUUUCCUGUGAAUACUUGAGCCCAGAUGCUAAAAUUCUCCUCAAAUAUGGCAGAUUCUCAAGAUCAGCAAAGAGGUUUGAAGAACCAGAAAAUGCUAGUGGACCAAGGCCAGAAAUACCUACGAAUGAAUAUGAUGAAUUAGAAGGCCACUCGAGUAGCGACUAUUCUCCACCAAGUCAGGCUGUAAUUGAUAAUAUCCUUGAAUCUUUGUUUGUGCAGUUAUCUCCAAGGCAAUUAGGUUCUGCAAGUUUCUCAGCAGGAGCCCAAAGAGAACAUGUGAAACUUCCCCCAAAUUUGAGUCAGGCAAUGGUGAGUAGUAAAACUCGAGAAUCCAGGGACAUUCUGCUGGCAGAGGUACCUCAAAUUGAAAGAGAAAGAAAUGAUCCCGCUUCUAUUCCUUUGGUUGCUAACACUUUUUCAACUUGGGAAUAUGCAAUGGCAUUGAAUGUGGGUGAAGAAAUGCUAGACAAGAAUGCAAAUCCUAACUCAACGAGUGGUCACUUCAACCAAACUGUCAGUUUUGGCUUGUCAGAAAUGGUCGGUAUGUGGGGUGAGAAUGAUUCUGAUCUAGAUGUGGAAGCAUCUUCUGCUUAGCCCUUGGUCACCAUCUUGGGAUAUAGAGUGAAGGAAGCAUUCGCGCCUACAGUUAGGAAUAUUGUUAAGAAGUAUGGAGAUAUAGCUGCAAAUUGUUUUAUGAAAACACCAGAAGGUCGUUCCUUGGCAUUGGAGAAUCUUUCUGAAUUCAUCCAAACAUUUCAAACAAAAAAAUUUUGUGAGCUUCCUCAACUUGAAAUCGAAAAGGCACUAGCUCUUGUUCAUGAUUUCAGAACUGCAGGUUUGGAAGUUGACUGGCUGCAGCCAAGGUUGAAAGACAUGUUGGAAGCAAAACAGUUGAUCAAGCAAUCUUCAACUUUGAAGGAGAGGAGGGAUAAAAGUAAUCAAGUCAUCAAGGAGAAGAAGGAAGAGCUAGAAGUUUAUGAACCACAACUAUUGGCACUUCAAGAAAAAGUGAAUUUGGCAAAGAAGAAACUGGCUUCAGCACAAGCUGAGGCUGAAACUAUAAGAGAAAAAGUCUCAAAUGCUAAGGCUAAAGUGAGAUUCUUUGUUGAUCAUUCACCAUUGGAUGGUCUCUUGUGAUUUACAUCUUUGCUUUUAUACACGCACACUAGUAAAACAUCCAUAGUUACGUACUUUGUGAUGAACUUGAGAUGCACUUCUAAUUGGUAUAUUUCUAUUAACAAGUUUUAGUUUGCCUGGA